AGACCGGCGCUUCCGGCCGGAAGGGACUCUGGAGAGGGGUGGGGACCUAAGGGAAGUCCCGCCUCCGUCGCGCCGCCUCUGCCGCCGCGCCGCCACGCACCAAGCCCGGUCCCGGAGGGGCGGGCAGAUAUUCCUGAGCUGCCAUGAUUGAAGUGGUAGCAGAGCUGAGCCGGGGUCCUGUAUUUCUGGCGGGGGAGGCACUGGAGUGUGUGGUGACCGUCACCAACCCUCUUCCUCCCACGGCUACUUCUGCAUCCAGUGAGGCUUUGGCCUGGGCCAGUGCCCAAAUCCACUGCCAGUUCCAUGCCAGUGAGAGUCGAGUAGCACUGCCUCCCCCUGACUCUAGUCAGCCAGAUGUCCAGCCUGACAGCCAGACUGUCUUUCUGCCACACAGAGGUGAGAGGGGUCAGUGUAUCCUUUCUACUCCACCAAAAAUUCUAUUCUGUGACCUGAGGCUAGACCCUGGAGAAUCCAAAUCAUACUCCUACAGUGAAGUGCUGCCCAUAGAGGGACCACCCUCCUUUCGGGGUCAGUCAGUCAAGUAUGUCUACAAACUGACCAUUGGCUGCCAGCGUGUCAACUCACCCAUCACUUUACUCAGGGUCCCUUUGAGGGUUCUUGUGCUGACUGGCCUUCAGGAUGUCCAAUUUCCACAGGAUGAGGCUGUAGCCCCAUCUAGUCCAUUCUUAGAGGAGGAUGAAGGUGGGAAGAAGGAUUCAUGGCUAGCUGAGUUGGCUGGGGAGCGCCUCAUGGCUGCCACAUCCUGCCGCAGCCUCCAUCUGUACAAUAUCAGUGAUGGCCAAGGGAAAGUUGGGACAUUUGGCAUCUUCAAAUCUGUGUACAGACUCGGCGAGGACGUGGUGGGGACCUUAAACUUAGGGGAAGGAACUGUAGCUUGUUUACAGUUUUCAGUAAGUUUACAGACUGAGGAGCGUGUACAGCCUGAGUACCAGCGGCGCCGUGGGACAGGGGGUGUCCCCUCUGUGUCCCAUGUGACUCAUGCCCGGCACCAGGAGUCCUGCCUGCAUACAACCAGAACCAGCUUCUCACUUCCCAUCCCUCUCAGCUCCACUCCAGGCUUCUGCACAGCCAUUGUGUCCCUGAAGUGGCGAUUGCAUUUUGAAUUUGUAACAUCCCGAGAACCAGGAUUAGUACUCCUACCCCCUGUGGAACAACUUGAACCUGCCACCUGGACAGGUCCUGAGCAAGUACCUGUAGACACCUUCAGCUGGGACCUCCCCAUCAAGGUCCUGCCUACAAGCCCCACCCUGGCCUCAUAUGCCGCCCCAGGCCCCAGCACCAGCACCAUAACCAUCUGAAACUGACCUGCUUGCCCACCCUGGCACUAGUGUUUUCAUCAUACUGAGAACACACCUGAACUCUCAUAGCACUUUUUCCACCUGGGGCCCAAUGGCAUGCACAAUAAGAGACAGGCUUUCAGCUGUAGCAUUUAUUUAUUCAGAAUAAAUUGGCAGCUGCUAGUGGUUUCCCUGGAA